ACACCAUUCAACCAGCCAGCUCCACUGUCCUUUCUAUACACACCAUGUCACCAUCCACAGCAGCACCCGAAAAUGCACCUGAGCACUGCCCAGGUACUGAGAGCGAGCAGGCUGGCAAGGCGAGCGCAUGUGAUGGCUGCCCGAACCAGAACGCCUGUGCUACAGCGCCCAAAGGACCCGAUCCAGAUUUGCCAUUGAUUAACGACCGUAUGGGGACCGUCAAGCACAAGAUCCUCGUCUUGUCCGGAAAAGGCGGCGUAGGCAAAUCCUCUUUCACGACCCAGCUUUCGUUUGCGCUCUCCCAUGAUGAAGAAACUCAAGUCGGUGUGAUGGACAUUGAUAUUUGUGGACCGUCAAUCCCCAAGAUGUUUGGUUUGGACGGUGAGCAAAUCCAUUCUUCCAAUUCUGGGUGGUCACCCGUGUAUGUGACCGAUAACCUGGGAGUCAUGUCGAUUGGAUUCAUUUUGCAGGAUGCGGACGAUGCGAUCAUCUGGCGUGGACCGAAGAAAAAUGGUCUGAUCAAACAAUUCCUGAAGGAUGUGGAUUGGGGCGAUUUGGAUUACUUGGUGGUCGAUACACCACCGGGCACAUCAGACGAGCAUCUGUCGGUGGUUCAGUACCUGAAGGAGACCGGAAUCACGGGCGCGAUCCUGAUCACGACCCCACAGGAAGUAGCCUUGCAAGAUGUGAGGAAGGAGAUUGAUUUCUGUCGAAAGGUCAAGAUCCCGAUCAUUGGUGUAGUCGAGAACAUGGCCGGGUUCGUCUGUCCUAGUUGUCAUGGUGAGAGCGUGAUCUUUGCACCGACCACAGGAGGCGCCAAGAAGAUGGCAGAGGAUACGAAUGUCAGGUUCUUGGGAAGCAUUCCUCUGGAUCCUCGCAUUGGCAAAUCGUGUGACCAAGGUCUCUCAUUCUUGGAAGAAUACCCGGACUCGCCCGCUACAAAGGCGUACCAGGACAUUAUCUCAGAAAUCAAGAAGGUCUUGCCCCAGUAGAAAUCCAAGAUUCAGCCCGUUUAACCAUGUACCAUAGCCUCCAGGUCAUUCAAAAAUAAAAAUAAAGCAACUGGCAUACCAUGUACUUUUCU